GCUGCUUCUGUGGUGCAGAAAACACAGUCUCUCCUUAGAACCUACAAGUAAUCAGUAGGAUUGGUGAGAAGGUUCUGUGUGCACCAUCAGCCUGGACUAUUGCGAUCCAGCAUCUUCUUUCCCUCCUAGGAUUUGUCAGACUGACCUCCUGUAGACUUGCAGAUCACAAACGAGACCUGUUACCAUAAAAUACCUGAUCUAGACCACAGGUAAGCCAGAGGACAAGCAGUGACCGCAGAACGGAUGUACAGAGGAGCUGGUGCGACAGAAUAAUGGGGAAUAUGGGAUGGAAGUGACCUCUUCCCUGGCUGCCGCUGCCGCUGAAAAAGCUGAUUCUGGGACAUUCUGGAUUCUGUCUUACAUGGAAGCACAGUCACAUUUUCCAUGAUUGGACAAGUCUUAGAUACGUGAAUAUACGUUAUGUGCAGAAGCAAACUUCAUGAGUCGGGCAGCUGCAAAUACCCAUGAUCCUCUACGCCUGUGUCGUGAGGCUACAGGACGGCCUCCCACUAUCGGCCUCCACAGAUUUCCACCCCAACAAGCAACUGCUGGAGUGCAAGAGAUGGGUGAAGAAGUUAUCUGUGACGCUGUCCCAGCGGCCUGCCAAAGGCACAGUCCGAGCCUGCGACCUCAGCAUACACUUCUGCUCGUCAGGUGACAUUUCCUCUCUCACCGUCUGCGCCAGCAGUUAUCCCUCAGCGGCAGCUUUCUGCUUCCUGGAAGAGCUGAUCUGGGAGUUCUCCUCAUCCUACAACAGCACCGCUAUAGCCCUGGCAUCCCGGCCCUAUGCCUUCCUGGAGUUUGAUAGUGUUAUUCAGCGCGUGAAGCACAACUUCAACUUUGUCGACAGCCCCCCGAUUCGCCUGGACCCCAGCCCCCCUCCCGUCUUUGUGAAGCUGGAAGAGGUGGCAGAAUUAAAUGGCAUCGCAAAUGGGCACACACCCGCACAUGUGCACUCAGCACCGAGUUGCAGAAUGGCCCCUGUGAGCGCGCUGGGCAUCCUGUCACUGACGCUCAACAUCAUGUGCAGCUCUCUGAGCCUCAUCCGAGGAGUCCACCUGGCCGAGUACUCCUUCCAGGAUGGAUAUGAAAAUGCAGGAAGAGUUUUGGCUUUUUUCACGGCCUUCACUGCAAACAUAUUACAGUGUCACCUGUAUCUUUUCUACUGCCCAGCACGGACCCUGAAAGCCUCCGGCCUGUUCUUACUGAUCUGCCUGUGUAACACGUACCUGUACGGACUGCGCAACCUGUGGCAGAUUCUUUUCCAUGUCUCUGUAGCUUUCCUCUCGGCGCAGCAGAUUCUGGCUAGAAAGCCACUGGACAGACACGAUGACUGUGGGGUGUGAGGACUGGACUCACUGCGGCUCAUUGACAUUCAUUAUUUUUAUCUCCAUACAUCACAAUACAAAAAAACUUCCUGUGGAUUGAUUCAAACUUCCGCUCAGCCACUUGUGUAAGUGUUAUGCAGGUUAGAGCAACUGUGUGUGGUAGCAUAUGUGCUGCUUACAAGCAUCACGUGGGUGACCGGAGCAACGGCAGGCAGAGGAGGCAGCUGCCUUGGGUGCAUAUAUGAUUUAGGACUCAGGUCUGAAGUUAAACGCAGUGUUUUCCUGCGUCACAGUAUUAGGAAGAAACAGGGUCUGUUUACACCUGUAAUUAGGAUAAUUGCCAGCUUUCCUGCAGCUUGUUAGAUCCAUGUAAUGCCAUCAGUACCCACAGAGGCCUAAACUGUAAAGAGGAGGUGGAUCAAACCUUGGAGAGAGCUAAAGCGGAGAAGUUGCAAAUAGCACCAAUCAGAUUGUAGCUAUCAUUUAUCGAGCACAAUCUACACAAUAACAGUUAAAAUCUGAUAGGUGCUUUGGGCAGCUUCUCCACUUUCUCUCUCUCUCAAAGGUUUGAUACAUAUCCCCCUGUGUUCCACAGCAUUGCAGCGACUUACGUCAUGUGAAACGGUGCAGGCCUAGAUUAGUUUUUGGUGUGUUAUUGUCAUGUUGUAUGCUGGUCGCCGGGAACCCAUGCGCCGGCAUACCAUACUACACCCAUCCGGUGUACUGUGAUUAUAAAUGGAAAAACCGAUUCAUCUUGUUCAUCCGUAGUCUAAUUACAUUGUUUAAUGCACCUUAUAUGAAAAAGCUAUGGUAGUGGUCAACUUCUGUGGAGUCACAGGGUGCAAUAUAAGAAGGGUGACCAAGGUUGCAGCUAGAGGUAGAUAUGUUUUUGAAGUAGGGAUGGGGCGUGGCCUCCUCUCUACAUCACAGCAGAGGUGUGGUCACAAACUUUCAGAGGCGGGCCUAGUGGCACAAGCACCUUGCUUCCCCCAGGAACACUUGCACUGCUGAAUACGCCAGCAGUCAGAGCCAAUGGCAGGGAGGGAGGGUGGGGGAGUGGGUACUAAUGGCCUGGGCUUUUUGGAGGGGCUAGGGUGGCCCCCCUCUUACCUGUCAGCUGGCAGCAGUCUCUUUCCCCACAAAGCACACACUGCUCUGUGCUUGUCUACUGCUCGUGCUGCCCCCUCCCGCUGGAUCUGACCCUGAUGUGCCAGUUAGUGCCAAAUUAAAGGUAGUUUGCACGUUUAUUUUUUAAAAGUAGGCAUGGCCACACCUCCAUGAUUAGGCCACACCCUCAUCAUUGCCAGGGCCAGGGCUAGCUGUCUACAGUCCAGCGGAUGUGGCACUUUCAUACCAUUAUACACUGACUGCAGGAGUAGGUGCAGGAAGAUGAGCAGCGACUUUGCGGGAAUAGAGAUGCUGGGGAGAGUAGAUGGGGGUCCACACAUGGGGACUGCACAAUAUCGAGGACUGGCCGAGGAUUCAGCUAAGGAGUGAAAUGUGUGUAUAAUACAGAUGUGCACACCUCAGCUCUAUUCCGUAUUAUGGAUCUGAUUCCGAGAUAUACGCAAAUUGAUGGUUUACGUACAUACCCGAUGUUUUCUGUACUGCACAUGUACAGAAUGGCUCCGGCAUUGUCAGAUGCAGCGCCCCUUAAGUCGCAGCCUGUCACUGCUUUGGGGCGGCGACGGGAAGCAUUUUCCAAAAUGGAGGCGUUUCACCUCUGUUUUUGUGGGAGUACCAAGGCCAGUGUCUGUGUCUUCCAAUGCAGAGUUACUGGCCUCUGCAGCGUGAGUUCCCCAGCCAUCCUGAGUAACGCAAGGGUUACUCACAUGGGCGAUGGUCAAGCUGGCAAAGGGGGUGUCUACUAAUACAAGACGCCUCCUGCAGAAUUACCAUAUUCUUACACAGCAGCUGCGUCCAAAGACUGCUGUGCUCACUGCGUCCAUCUCUGAAUCACAUCUUAUAUCUACUCCCUAAGCAGUAACUUUGUAAUACCCAUGUAUAUUUAAUCAAAGUCCUCCAAUUUACAGACUACCAAUCUGUAUGAUGAACACGGUCUUUAGCCUUUAGGAAGCAGCUAUUCUUUGCUCUCCUCUGCUCAUGCAUUCAGCCUUCCAUUCAGGGCCGGUUCCGGGGCUUCUUGCGGCCCGGGCGGCAUUAGGGGGCGUGGCUUCAUACAGGGGGCGUGGUCAGUUACGCCCCCUGUACUGUAGUAGGGUGUGCGGUGCGCGUUGACGUCAUCGCGCACC